UUGAAUAUCAACUGACUACUUAGCUUCCAGAGGAGGAGGGGUGGCAGCUUGGUUGUUUGUCUAUUCACUAGCCUGCAUUGUCCUUCCAGGGAUUUGUUGACAGCUAUCUCCUUCAAUAUAACUGUAUGGGGGAGAUCAUCCCACAGAAGGCCUGAGUGAGAGUUGAUGACAAGAUCACAAAUAAUCAGUCAAAGCACAGAACAGUGAUCUCCUAGCAACAGGGCUGCUAGUAGGGCAGGGAGCAGCCCAGCAAGGCUACCUCAGGCUCCUGCUGCUCCCCCUUCAGGAUAGUAGCCCUUACUAUGGAAGCAGGAAGGAUAUAGGCACUGAGGGAAGAUGUUGGGUGGACGCUCCCCCCAAACCAGGAUUAACAUUGAGGAGGAAACUGAGAGUCUACUGGAAAAGGCCUUGGAGAAGGAAAAAGAAAGAGAAACACCUUUGGGACACAGAGAUACAUGGUGGAGUCUUUUACUUAGACCAACACCUACGCCAGGUACUUAUGUAGUACGGGAUUUUAUUGAAGAAGCCCAGCUCAACCCAGUGAAAGCGACAUAUAACUUUAAAGGAGAAGGCAGGAAGAGACCUUCCAUCUUCCAACCAACAGCUGAUCUCACGCUACCAGAUGUUUAUACAUACAUUCCUCCUAGCUUUGUAGAUUUGGCAGGAAAAAAGCCAGCUACAUAUUCAUUUAAAAGCGCACCAAGGAAAAGUCCCAGCACCUUAUGUUUUAAAGAUAAGGAUAUUGACACUGCACCAGGCCAGUAUGAUCUUUUCCCUGUUCCAGUGCCCACAUUUGCAUCCAAGCAGUUUAUGUUUCGUUCUGCAGUUCAAAGAUUCCCAACAACUUACUUCACUCCUAGCCUCGAAUACAGCUUCCAGAAAGAAGGGCCAGGGCCAGGUGAAUAUGAAAUGAAGGAAAAAACACCUCAUCCUGUAUCUUCGUGUUUCCAGUCCAAAGUGCCUAGGCUGCAGCCAGUCCGUUCAAAAAUACCAGGUCCAGGAGCUUAUGAGCCCACAAGACAGUUUCCAAAGCAGCCACGAACUAUUGCGAGCCUGGGUCACGAGCACAGCAUCUUCUUUAGCAACACAUUUGGAUUUUAGAAUAAAAGAAAACCCCAUCCUCUCUCUCCGCCCUUAGAAACCCGUUCUUCACCCCUCUCUAUUUGCCCAUGAUGCUCUUACCAUUAGAAACUCAGCAUUUGCUAACAGGCAACAGAGUGGGACCCGAGAUAGAGCAGGAAAUAAAUAUGCUAAGUGUAGACAAAGUAGGGGAGCCAUUGGCAAAUGUGACCUCUUCAGUGGCAACCACAGUAUGUGUGGUGUCCAUCCCCCCGCUCCCCCCCGCCAUCACCAGGGGUGCUGUGAUAUUUCAUAUUUGUAAGGUGUUACAUAUGCUGUGGAGCACUGGAGGGAAAAGAGGGCAGGAGGUAACAGGAACAGAGGUAGAUGGAGGAUUUGAGAAGGAAGUUGGAAGUAAUUGAGAGAAUGAAAGGAGAGACAGAGGAAUUAGAGGAGAAAGAGAUCAUGGGGGAAGGAGAGGGGAAAAGUAUUUAAUAAUGAGAGAAAAGUUUAAAGAGAAUCAAAGAAAACCAGCAAUAAAAACAAAUAUCUCAAAAGGAAAUAAGUAACA